CCAUUUCAUAUAUAUAGAUAUAUGUAAAUAUAUGUGUGUGCGCAUAAAUUCGAUACUAAUUAUAUUGAAACAAUAAAAGUUAUCUAGUCAUCAAUCAGUGAUAUUAAACAAGAAUUUAUAAUGAGAUUCAAUUUGAUUCGUCAAUUUUAUAAAAAAUGUAGUGUCAUUGGUAUUUACGAUAGAAGGUUACAUGUACAGUCAUCGACAGUAUUAUAUCGUAGUGACAUUUUAGAGCAUUCGAUUAAUUCGAAUAAGAUAUUUUUUGCUGCAAAACAAAUACUCAAUUUCUCAAAUACAUUUCAUGUAAAAGGAGAAGCUGAAAUUAUGUCUGGAGAAGGACAAAUUAAAUCUUUUACUGUUGAUUACAAUGAUAUUCUGCAAGCACAAAAAGAUGAGAAUGUCUUGAUUAUUGAUGUUAGAGAACCAUCUGAAAUUGAUGAAACGGGAAAAUUACCAGGAAGCAUUCAUAUUCCAAUGGGAGAUGUUUCAAGUACUUUAACAAAUCUUUCUGAAGAAGAUUUUGUAAAAAAAUUCAACAGAUCAAAGCCACAUAAUGACACAAAAAUUAUACUGAGCUGUAGAUCUGGUAAAAGAAGUGGUAUGGUCCAAGAAGAAUUACAAAAGAUGGGAUACAAAAAUGUAUACAAUUAUAUGGGUGGUUGGCUUAAUUGGGAAAGUAAUCAGAAUUAAAGUGAUAGUAUAAUUGAGCAUAAUAUUGUUAUUAAAAAUGACAUGAUUUUUAACUAAUAAUAUAUGAUACAUACAAUAAAAA